CGCUUGCCAGCAACAGUGAUCUAACCAAUAAGAAAUAGUGUAAAGUAGUGGGGGAAGUAAGAAGGGGGCUCUAUCUUUUUACUGAGUUAUUUGAUUCAAGCACGUGCUUUUUUGAAUUAUUGUCCCCCGGGAGGUGAAAAGUUGGGGUAAAAUUUGAAAAUUCAUCUAGCUUCAGUGAUAAUUACCGAAAAUUCUGAAUAAAUUCAGUAAAUUAACUUCAGUGGAGUGGUUACGAUGGCUCAAGGUUCUUCCGAAAAUAAUGCGGCUAAGAAAAGUGUGAAUAUCAAAGAAAACGGAAUUACAUCUUCAGAAAAAGAUGUUACAAAUAAUGUGGAGAACAACAACGAAGAUAAAUUGAAUAAUGAUAAAUCAGUAGAAAAUGAACAAGAAAAUAAGUUAGCCAAAGAUGUAGAGGAGAAAGAAAAAGAUGAAAGUGAGGACAAUAAGAACAAAGAAGAUGUUUUCAUCCAAGACAUUGGCUUCACUGUGAAAAUUGUAGCCCCAGGUGCUGAACCUUUCGACAUUCAGGUAUCAAGUAUGGAGUUGGUGCAAGAAAUUCAUCAACUUCUUAUGGAUCGUGAAGACACCUGUCAUCGUACAUGUUUCUCACUCCAAGUAGAUGGAAAUACACUUGAUAAUUUUGCGGAACUGAAGAAUAUAGAUGGUUUGAAAGAGAACUCUACAAUUAAAGUAGUGGAAGAACCCUACACUAUGCGUGAGGCUAGAAUUCAUGUCAGACACAUUAGAGAUUUGUUGAAAAGUCUUGGACCAGCCGAUUCAUACAAUGGUGUGGAAUGUUGCUCAUUAAGCUUCUUGAAUUCAGUCACACAAGGGGAUAUUCUAGAAAAAAAAAGAGUUCGUCCAGAGAGUGUUGAUUGUACUCCCCCAGAUUACAUCAUGCCUGAUAGCAAAGAAAGACCUCUAACUCCUCUGCAGCCCCAUCUUAAAGAUCAAAAAUCUCCACAAUGUGUGAAGAUUUUAACUACAUCUGCCUGGAAUCCUCCCCCAGGUAACAGAAAAAUUCAUGGAGAUUUGAUGUAUCUCUAUGUGGUUACCUUGGAGGAUAAACACUACCACAUAUCUGCUUGUUCAAGAGGAUUUUACAUAAAUCAAUCGACUGCUGAGGAGUUCAAUCCUAAGCCUGCUUCCCCUAGUCAUUUGUGCCAUUCACUCAUAGACCUUCUCAAUCAAAUAUCUCCCCAAUUUAAACGUAACUUUUCAUUGCUCCAGAAGAAACGUAGUCAGAGGCAUCCAUUUGAGAGGGUUGCAACGCCGUAUCAACUUUAUGCGUGGACUGCACCUCUCAUGGAGCACACUGUAGAUGCAAUCAGAGCUGAAGACACUUUUUCAUCCAAACUUGGAUAUGAAGAGCACAUCCCCGGACAAACGCGCGAUUGGAACGAAGAACUUCAAACCACCCGCGAACUUCCUCGUAAAUCGCUCCCCGAACGUUUACUACGUGAGAGGGCCAUCUUCAAGGUGCACAGUGAUUUUGUGGCAGCAGCUACAAGAGGCGCAAUGGCCGUAAUAGACGGAAACGUCAUGGCUAUUAACCCUGGUGAAGAGGCCAAGAUGCAAAUGUUCAUAUGGAAUAACAUUUUCUUCUCUCUCGGGUUUGACGUCAGAGAUCAUUAUAAGGAUUUGGGAGGAGACGCGGCUGCUUUUGUUGCACCUCGAAAUGAUUUGCAAGGUGUUAGGGUGUACAGUGCUGUUGAUUUACCAGGACUAUACACACUUGGAACUGUUGUAAUAGAUUACAGGGGAUAUCGUGUAACUGCACAAUCCAUUAUUCCGGGUAUUUUAGAAAGAGAACAAGAGCAAUCUGUGGUUUAUGGAUCCAUCGAUUUUGGUAAAACAGUCCUAUCUCAUCCCAAAUAUUUAGAUUUGCUCAAUAAAGCUGGUCAACAGUUGAAAAUUCUUCCGCAUCAUGUCGUGAAUGACAAGGGUGAAAAUGUAGAGUUAUGUUCAAGCGUUGAGUGCAAAGGUAUCAUUGGCAACGAUGGACGACACUACAUUUUAGAUUUAUUGAGGACUUUUCCGCCUGAUGUCAAUUUCCUCAAAUUGGAAAAUGAUGAACUUUCAAAAGAAGUUAAACUUCUUGGUUUCCCGAUCGAACACAAGCACAAGCUAUGUUGUCUUCGCCAGGAAUUACUCGAAAGUUUCAUCGAUUCUCGCUACAUGAUGUUCAUAAAAUUCGCUGCCUAUCAUCUGCAACAGUUGAAUCUCAGAAAGGCGGAAGAGAAGCAGGAAAAGGACAGAGCCAUUGAAUCGGCUGCGGAAGGAGAUAACAAAGAUGAAAGCGAUGAAAAUAAAAAAGAUGAUACCAAAGAAAAAAAUACUAAAGCUUUAAAGAAAGGUCAGAUAGAAGAGGAAGAGGCUAAAAAGAUUGUUGAGAGUGUCACAGGAACUAGUAAGCUAGAGUUGGAAGAAAGUACAAAGGAUAUCGUUAAGACAGCGGCUGUGGCUGUGGGUUCCCUGAAAGAAACAGAAUUCGACAUAAGAUUCAAUCCAGACAUUUAUUCCGCUGGUAUCCGACAUUCCGACAGUUUGGAUCCUCCGAUUUCCAAACAGCGGCAGUUGGUCAAAGAUGCGGCAGAAUAUUUACUCACUGUACAAAUUCCAACAUUCAUCAGGGAUUGCCUAGAUCAUUCUUCAGCCCCCAUGGACGGUGCUACGUUAUCCGAAUCGAUGCAUACUAGGGGGAUAAAUAUUAGAUAUCUCGGUAAAGUUACCAACCUCUUGGGUAAAGUCAAACAGCUGGAAUACUUGUACAGUAUAGCUGUUGGAGAAUUGAUUCUCAGAUCUGCUAAACACAUCUUCACAGUAUAUUUACAGGGAUGCGAGAUGAUGAACUUGUCUGUUGCUAUAGCUCACUUCUUAAAUUGUUUCCUAUAUUCUGGACUCGUAUCCAACCCAUUGCAAGGAGUUGAUGAGUUUCAUGGUCGUAACAACAAGAAGCGUAACAAGCGUCGAGGUAAAUCCAACCCCCUCUCCUGUAAUGACAGCACCGAAUGGGCAAAUUUCACAUCGAAAAGUCUGUGGAACCAAAUUAAGCAGGAAGUGAAAUCUUACUACGAUUUCGACUUGACCUGUUCUGAUAUCGAAAGUGUUUUGGAACAGUAUUCCUUGCAAAAGAUCUCGUUAUUGAGAGGUUUUUGCAUCAAGACAGGUUUGCAGAUACUGCUGAGGGAUUAUAACUUCGAGUCCAAAAAUAAGCCCAUUUUCUUCGAAGAGGAUAUACAGAAUAUAUUCCCAAUUGUUAAACACAUAAAUCCAAAAGCAACAGAUGCCUAUAAUUUUUAUACUACAGGUCAGAGUAAAAUUCAACAAGGAUACUUGAAAGAUGGUUAUGAACUGAUAAUGGAAGCCCUAAAUUUACUCAACAACGUUUAUGGAGCCAUGCAUCCAGAAAUAGCUCAAUGUUUGAGAAUGAUCGCAAGACUGAAUUACAUAAUGGGUGAACAUACGGAAGCGAUGGCUUAUCAGCAGAAAGCAGUUCUUAUGUCUGAAAGGGUUAAUGGUAUUGACCAUCCUUAUACUAUUACGGAAUACGCCCAUCUUGCCUUGUACUGUUUCGCAAACAGUCAAAUUUCUACUGCCCUAAAACUUUUAUACAGAGCCAGAUAUCUGGCUAUAUUAGUAUGUGGGGAAAAUCAUCCAGAAGUGGCCUUGUUAGAUAGCAAUAUAAGCUUGAUACUUCAUGCAGUAGGAGAAUACGAACUAUCUUUACGUUUCUUAGAAAAGGCCUUAUUACUCAAUAUCAAAUACUAUGGAGCUAAGUCAAUGAAAGUUGCAGUUAACUAUCAUUUAGUAGCCAGAACGCAAAGUUGCAUGGGUAAUUUCAGAUCUGCUCUCAAUAAUGAGAAGGAAGCUUAUACAAUCUAUAAACAACAAUUGGGCGAGAAUCAUGAAAAAACUAAGGAAUCUUCAGAGUGCUUGAAACAUCUCACGCAGCAAGCAGUAGUGCUUCAGAAGAAAAUGAACGAGAUUUGUACGGGUAAAAAUGGAUCGUCCUUACCACCUAUCCAAAUCCAACCCCCUUCAAUGGGAUCAGUUUUGGAUAUGUUGAACGUGAUCAAUGGCAUUUUAUUCGUCCAAAUAAGCCAUGAAGACAUUGAGCAUUUCAAGGCAGAAAUAGAAAAAAGGCAAUUGAUUGAGGAAGAGUCUGAAAAUCAACCGCAGUCAAAAUUAGCAGCAGUUGAAAGCCGUUAGAUGUGAUAAUUUUUGAAUCAUUAUUCAUGCUAGAACAGUUAUUUAGUUUCAUAUAGUAGAAUUCGCUCUCGGAAUUUUUGGCAGCGUGCAUCUAUUGCGAUAAAUCUCCAAAGUAAGACAUGAUUUUUGUUAUACUUAACAUUGUUAUCAUUGUUGUUUUUAGGGUAUAUUUUUUUUGAUAAACAACACUGAAUUGUUGAUAACUGUUUUCCAUUUUCUUGUCUGACGAAUUUUCAUUUUUUCAGUGUAACUUUUAUACACUACUGCUAAUCUGUAUAUUGUGAAUUAACUCAAUUUGAAAUCUUUGUGCCCAUAAAUUUUGGAGAAAACAAGGCAUCACUUCGUUAUUGUAGGUUGGAAUGCACCAAAUUCGUAAUUUUCCUUUGAGGUAUUUUAAGCAGAAUUAAUGAGUUAUAGAGGACUAGAUGAAAAUUUUUUCAUAUCUACAUAUUUCGACAAAUAUUAAUAGAAAUAAAUACUCCAUUUUUCAACAUAUGCUCUCAAAUUAUAAUUGAAUAGAGUUGAUUGAAAAACUGGAAAUUGUUUCGAAUAAUAAUUUACCUGUAAUGGAUAUAGCUGAUAUCCAUUUUUUUUCAAGUAAUGAUCUCUAUUUUUCGUUUUUGCAAAUUCUGCUAAUGAUAAAGGAGUCUAGUCUCUUUUCUUGUAGUGCAAUGAAAUAUUGGAUGAAACCAUCUCGUAUGAACUUCAAUGCCAAAGAUGUUCGUAGCAUAUUCAAUGGAAAUUUUUCAAGUAUCGCAAUGUUUUCAGUUCAUUUGGUGUGCGUUGCUGAACUAUUUAAAAAUUUUCGAAUGUCUUGAUUAUUGAAUGUGACCAUGUUUUCUAUUAUUUUGUAAUCUGGAUUUUGUUAUUAAAUAAAACUGAUUACCUUCAA